AUGGCGGCGGGAUAUCAUGAUCCCGGCUACAUCGACGAGGGCGACGAUUACGGCUACGUCUACCCACCUGACGAUUAUGAUGACGGCCAAGGGAGGUACGAUGACUGGGGCGACGAGCCGGAGGUAUCGUACAGCUAUGAUGGCGAGGGCGAGGAUGGUGAUAUCGAGAUCAACGAUGAGUACUGGGACGACGAGGUCGAGGAGCCGUGGGAGGAAGAGUACCCCGAGAGCUGGAUACCCUAUGCCGCCGAGUCACUCGCCCCCGACCCUACAGGCGGGCUCCAGUCGGCCGUCGGCCCAGGCAACUCUCAGCAAGUCAUCGUCGGUGCUGGGCCAGGCAUGUACCCCAACCCCGCAGAGGUUAGUGCCCACUGGUGUGAGCUCUACCCGGAGGUAUGCGCGGCGCGACCGAUAGGAAGGGUACUACCUAUCCGGAACAACACUAUCAUGGGGAAUAGGGCGGUGUUGGGCGAAGCCGGGGCAGUGGACGGGCAGACCAAGGGUUUGCCCAUCUUGCGCUAUGUCGACUCUUCGGGACUGGGUUUGGCGGUCAUUUUGAUAGUGGUCGUCUUGUUAGCGCUCAAUCUGGGAUGGGAUAGCGAGUCAAGUAGUAAGCCAAAGAAAGACGAGGAUGGGAACCUCCUCAACCCCAAGACUGGCGAACCAUACCCCAUCGACCCAGUCUCAGGGCUUCCCCUUGACCCCAAGACUAACACUCCCCUAAAUCCUGACACCGGCAAGCCGUUCGCCAAGCCAUACCUUGAUGCCUCUGGCGCACUCGUCGAUCCCAAGACCGAUAAACCUUACCCUCUGGACAAGAAGACCGGUCAGCCAAUCGACAAGAAGAGUGGAGAACCCAUCGAUCCACAGACUGGCUUACCUACCGAUAAGCCAUACAAGAAUCUAGACGGGAAGCUUGUUGAUCCGAAGACAGGGAAGGAGUAUCCUGUCGACGAGAAGACCGGGCAGGCGGUGGACAAGAAGACUGGCAAGGUGAUUGAUUAUCAGACGGGCAAGCCGACUGAGGUGCCUUAUAAGGAUACUCAGGGGAACCUGAUCGACCCCGCCACGGGUAAGGCCUACCCUAUCGAUAAGAAGACCGGUCAGCCGUUAGAUCCCAAGACGAAGAGACCAAUCGAUCCGGAGACAGGCAAGCCUCUUAAGCCGGCCAAGAAGGACUCGGAGGGCAAUGUCCUCGAUAGCUCCGGGAAGCCCAUUACCAAGGAUCCCAGUACCGGGAAAUCAGUAGACUCGUCAGGCAAGGUGGUCGAUCCUGAGACGGGCAAGCCUGUCACACCGCCAAAGAAGGAUAAGCAGGGAAAUCUCAUCGACCCAAAAACGGGCAAGCCUUUCCCAAUUGACCCCAAGACGGGCGAGCCGAUCGAUCUGAAGACGGGAAAAUCGAUCGACCCGGCCACUGGUAAACCUAAGAAGGAGGCGAAGGGAGAGGAUGGGAAAGCCAGUUCCAUGGCGGGGACGGAGGCCGACCCGGCGACGGGCAAGCCGAAGAAGGAGCAGAAGGGAGCUGGCGAUACUACCAAGGUCGAUCCGAGAACCGGCAAAGUAGUCGACCCCGCUACUGGCAAGCCGAAGAAAGAUGGCAGCGAUUCCGCCGCGGCGUCAUCAGACAAGGACGCCAAAAAGAAGGAGAGGGAGCUGGCUGCUCAGGAGGCGCAGCUCAAGAAGGACAAGGGGAAACAGACAGGGGAGGAGGCCAAGCUGGAGGCGGAGAAGAAGAAGGUAGAAGCAGAGCAGAAGAGGGUGAGGGCGGACAAGGAGAAGGUGAAGGGUGAUCAGGCAAAGGCGGAGUCGGACAAAAAAGCCGCGAGUACUGCGAAGGGGGAAGCGGGGAAGGCAAAUGGCGAGGCCGCAAAGGAGAAGGGGGACGCGGCCAAGGCGAAGGGUGAGGUGGACAGAGAGAAGAAGCAAGUGGAGAAGGAUAAGCAGAAAAAUGACGCUGACAAGGCCAACGUCCGGGAGGAGACAAAGAAGCAGGCCGACGCCAAGAAGAGGGCAGAGGAGGAGAAGGCGAGACUCGCGCAGGACAAGGAGAAAGCGAGGAAGGACGAGAGGGAUGCCAAGAAGGCAAAAGAUACUGCGGAUGCAGAGCGGAAAGCGAUGGAGAAGGAGAAGGAGAGGGUGGACCAAAGUAAAGCGGAUGUGAAGAAAAGCAGAGAAAAGCUGGAGGAAGAGAAGGCGGCGCUCAAGGAGCGAGAAAAGGCGGUAAGAGAGGCUGAGGCUAAAGCAAAGACGGGAUCCGGAAGUAAACCGAAGACACCUGAAGAAAAGGCGGCGGAGAGGGACGCGAAGCGGAGGGAGCAGCGGGACAAAGAGAAGGCUGAGGAGGCGGCAGCGAAGGCGGCGGCGGAAGCGGAGGCCACGAAGAAACGAAGAGAGGAGAGGGAGGCAAAGAAGGCUGCCGAGGCCGAGGAGGCGGCAGAGAAGAAGAGAGUGAGGGAUGCGGCGCGGGCGGCGAGACAAAAUGGAACUGAAGACCCACCUGCUACCCCAGGCUCCGGUGACGCCACGCGUCGCCGACCACGAGGCUCCGGCGACACGGGCAGCGACAUACAAGACCUGGCAAAGUCGUACUUGACGCCGAAGAAGCUCUUGCUGGCAUUGCUCGUCUUGAUCCCACUCCUCGCGCUCAUGUCGUCCGCAGCUCGUUCGCCCAGGAAGAAGAGCAUAGUUUUGCCGCCCGGGACCGCCCGAUCGAGUCCUGCGGCGAAAUGGGUCGUCAGCGAGCCGCCCCCGGCUGUAUUAGAAAUACCAUCAGCCGGAUCCGGAAUCCACAUCAAUAACAUCCACGCGCAGGGGUCCGACAUACCCAUCAAUGUGGGCGGUGGCGGAUCACGGAUGUUCGGACCCAUGCCGCAACCUGUCAUGACCGUACGCGUCGAGGACGAUGAGCCCAUGUUGCAGUUCAGCGGACCGAGAGAUUCCGAUCGCCUUGUGCGGAUGAUGAUCGCCUUGAUUAUCGCUGGCCUUCCCCUAUUAGUCGACUACAUCCGAGAUUGGCCUUUCCGCGUCUAUACCAAACCGAAGUACCCGUCUCAGAAAUUCCAGUACUUCCUCCUCGCGCUCCUCUUCAUGCUGUUGCUGUACAAGCUCGAUCAAGACUUUGAUUAUGUCAGUAGUGCCGCCGGUCCUGUCCGGUACGUGGUAGACGGCGCUGGCGAUAGGAUGGUACCAGCGCUGGCCGGCGCGGUAUCUGGAGCAGAGCAGGCGGUGUGGGCAGCGGAAGAUGCACUGUUCGGCGAUGGGCGGGAGAUCGUGGGAUUGCUGGUCGCCGCGGCAGGAGCUGCGUGGCUGGCGGUGAUGAAACCUGUGGGGAGACAGAGGAAGGGGGAUUAUUCGCAAAAAUUAUUUCAGGGCGCUUACCUGGCGGGAGCGCUGAUAUUUGGGAUGUUCAUAGCAAAUGCGGUAGGCUAUUAG